AUGUCAACCACAGCCCCCAAAACCCAAGAUGAAAACUCUGUCCUUCUGGUCUCGAACGACAACCAUACCUUCAUCCUCCGAAAAUCUUCCGUCAUGAUAUCCCCCGCCAUAAAAAGUAUGUUGGAUAAAAAGAGCAAUUUUGAGGAAGCGCAGUUUAACCGUGUGGUUUUCAAGAAUAUGAAUGGGGUUGUGUUGGAGAAGGUUUGUGAGUACUUUUAUUAUCGGGAGAAGUAUAGGGAUGCAACGGACGUGCCAGAUAUGGAGAUCCCGCCAGAGUUGGCGCUGGAGUUGUUGAUGGUUGCGGAUUUUUUGUGCACUUAA